AUGUACGCGUAUGAGAAACAACAUUUUAUACCGGAAGCCCAGUGGGUCCAAAUUCAGCAGACGACUUUUAUAAAUUGGCUGAACGAACAGCUGAAAAACCGGAAAAUUCUGCUGAGUGAUUUGAAAGAGGACAUCCGGGACGGUGUAAUCCUGAUUAUGCUGCUUGAGGAACUCGCCAAUAAAUCCAUCAUAAACUACGUUCAAGGGCCUCAAACUCAGCACGAAAAGCUUCAAAAUGUGGGCAUGGCACUGGACGUGUUUUCACGAGAUGGGGUCAAGGUCACAAAUAUUGGUAAUACGGAUAUAGUACGAGGAAAUGUAAAGGUGAUUCUAACUCUGAUCUGGCAGCUGAUUUUACGGUACCAAGUUGGUCUGUCAGCCGUUCAGCACCGCCAGUGGUUCCUGAAAUGGUUAAAGGCAGUUCUGCCUGAUCAGCAUAUUUCAAACUUUGGUCGGGAUUGGAAUGACGGAGUUGUUUUAUAUGCCUUAAUAGAAUUCUGCAGACCGGGUUUGUGUCCAAAUUUGGAAAAUAUUAGCCGACAUGACAGAUUGAACAAUUGUCGUAAUGCUAUGAAGCUAGCCAGGCAGCAUCUACGGGUGCCCAUCGUUCUCCGACCAGAGGAUCUAGCCAGUCCGGAUUUGGACGAAAGAUCGGCCAUUACCUACCUGUCGUACUUCAUUAAAUAUGGCGGACCCGGAUACUUGGCUACCCUAGAGAGGAUACAGAACAGGAUUCGAUCCAGAACUAUUAGGAACUUUACGGUAAGUGACUUGCUUUAG